AUGACGUUCCGCAGAGUCCGGACUCCGUUGCUGGACGAGCUUGAUCCGGAUCAUGGACCUGGUUUUUCCCUCAGUCGGUCUUCUCGUGCUCCUCCUCCCUCUGCUCUAACCCGACAGCUCCCCCCGCUGAGCUCCACCAUGCUGCUGCCGGGAAUCGACUCCUCCGGCUGGCCUGAACUCCGGGAGUCCAACCGGUCUGAGACAGCCGGCGGCGGCGGCGCGGCGGAGGGCGACGGACCGGGGGCGGAGGCGGUGAUCGUGCCGGUGGUGUUCGGGCUGAUCUUCGUUGUUGGGGUGGUGGGGAACUCUCUGGUGAUGGUGGUGAUUGGAAAGGUGAGAUACAGCAGCGGAGGGGGAGUUGGUGGGGGCGCAGGGGCAAGGCGCACUGGCAGCCCGACCAACAUCUUCAUCCUGAACCUGAGCGUGGCGGACCUCAGCUUUCUCCUCUUCUGCGUCCCCUUCCACGCCACCAUCUACUCUCUGCCGGAGUGGGUGUUCGGAGCUUUCCUCUGUAAGUUCGGGCACUACUUCUCCACCGUCAGCAUGCUGGUGAGCAUCUUCACGCUGGUGGCCAUGUCCGUGGACCGCUACAUCGCCGUGGUCCUGUCCAGGAAGUCUCCGAGCGCCCGGAGCCGCAGGAACGCGCUGGCCGGGGUUUGCGUCAUCUGGACGCUGUCUCUGCUGUGCUCGGUGCCGGUGGCCCUGCACCAGGUCCUCACCAACCACCCCACCGCCCCCAACAGCACCUUCUGCUGGGAGAAGUGGUCUGGAGUCUCCAAACAGUGCUACAAGGUGACCAUCCUGCUGAUUGGAUACCUGCUGCCGCUGCUGCUCAUCAGCUGCUGCUACACCAAGGUUUUGAUUCAUCUUCAUAAAAAGAUGAAGAACAUAUCCAAGAAGUCUGAGCGCUCCAAAAGAAAGACGGCUCAGACGGUUCUCCUGGUCGUCACUGCCUUCACCAUCUGCUGGUUGCCCCACCACAUCAUCGCCAUGUGGGUGGAGUUCGGCACCUUUCCCCUGAAUGACGCCUCCUUUGCCUUUCGCAUUGUCUCCCACUGCCUGUCUUAUGGAAACUCCUGCGUCAACCCCGUCCUCUACGCCUUCCUGUCUGAGAACUUCCGCAAGGCCUGCCGCCAGGUCUUCACCUGCCGCUUCCUGUACCCGCCGCCACCCAACAGCAAGGUGGUUCGGUUCCGCAUGGAGACCUUCUCCACCACGCACUCCACCACCAACAUUUGA